ACGGAGGGGGGCCCCCCUUCGGUCCCGCGCGCUGUCUCGGCCAAGAUGGCGGCGGGGACGGCAGCGGCGGCGGCGGCCGUGGCCCGGCUGGAGGGCCGCGAGUUCGAAUACCUCAUGAAGAAGCGCUCGGUGACCAUCGGCCGCAACUCCUCGCAAGGCUCGGUGGACGUGAGCAUGGGCCACUCCAGCUUCAUCUCCAGGAGGCACCUCGAGAUUUUCACGGCCCCGCCCGCCCAGGCCGCCGCCAACAGCGCUGCCGGCCCCGCCGCCGCCGCCGCCGAUGGGACCGGGCCCCAGCCCGAUGGUGCUGCCGCCGCCGCCACCCCUGCCGCCCCUGUACCGUCUGGCGGCGGGGGCGAUUUCUAUUUGCGCUGCCUGGGCAAGAACGGCGUCUUCGUGGACGGGGUGUUCCAGCGCCGGGGGGCGCCCCCGCUGCAGCUGCCCCGAGUAUGUACAUUCAGGUUUCCCAGCACAAACAUCAAGAUAACAUUUACAGCUUUAUCCAAUGAAAAAAGAGAAAAACAGGAGUCCCCGCAGUCCCCAGUGAAACCUGUGCAACCCCAGAUCUCUCCCCUAACAAUAAACAUUCCAGACAACAUGGCUCACCUGAUCAGCCCUCUCCCUUCUCCCACAGGAACCAUCAGUGCUGCAAAUUCCUGCCCAUCUAGCCCUCGUGGUGCAGGUUCUUCAGGGUACAAAAUGGGCCGUGUAAUACCAUCUGACCUACAUCUAGUGGCUGACAAUUCACAGUCAGAAAAUGACAAAGAAGCAUCUGGUGGAGAUAGCCCAAAGGAUGACUCAAAGCCACCUUAUUCCUAUGCACAACUAAUAGUACAAGCAAUUACGAUGGCACCAGAUAAGCAACUUACACUAAAUGGAAUUUAUACGCACAUAACUAAAAACUAUCCUUACUACAGGACAGCAGACAAGGGCUGGCAGAAUUCAAUUCGUCACAAUCUCUCUCUGAAUCGUUAUUUCAUCAAAGUACCACGUUCCCAGGAAGAACCAGGCAAAGGCUCCUUCUGGAGGAUAGACCCUGCCUCUGAAAGCAAAUUAAUAGAGCAGGCUUUUAGGAAAAGGCGGCCGAGAGGAGUACCUUGCUUUAGAACCCCACUGGGACCUCUCUCUUCUAGAAGUGCCCCAGCUUCCCCUAAUCACUCUGGAGUGUUAUCUGCUCACUCGAGUGGUGUGCAGACCCCAGAGAGCCUGUCAAGGGAAGGGUCACCUGUCCCAAUGGAACCUGAGCCGAGUACUAUCCAGCCAAAAUUAGCAGUAAUACAAGAAGCACGAUUUGCACAGAGUGCCCCAGGAUCACCCUUAUCUAGCCAGCCUGUUUUAAUUACUGUACAGAGGCAGCUACCACAAACUAUGAAACCUGUCACAUACACUGUUGCAACUCCUGUGACAACAUCAACAUCCCAGCAGCCUGUAGUACAGACAGUUCAUGUUGUUCAUCAGAUCCCAGCUGUGUCUGUCACAAAUGUGACUGGAUUAGCACCAGCAAAUACUUUCACUGUAGCUGGACAAGCCGUGGUCACACAGGCAGCGAUGGUGGCCCAACCUAAGGGAGAACCUCAAGAGAAUGGAGACCACAAUGAAACGAAAGUUAAAGUGGAGCCUAUACCUGCCGUUAGCCAUACAACCAUAGGAGCUGCUAGUCGGAUCAUUCAGACAUCUCAGACGGCACCUUUACAGACGGUUACUCUAGUGCAACAGACACCUCUAGGUCAACACCAGCUACCAAUAAAAACUGUAACUCAGAAUGGAACACAUAUAGUACCCAUCACCACAGCAAUUCAAGGUCAGGCCAACACUGCUGCUGCAAGUCCCCUACACAUGUUAGCAACCCAUGCAUCUGCAUCAGCUUCUCUUCCAACAAAACGUCAGAACGGAGACCAGUCUGAUCAGCAAGAGUUGAAACGUAUCAAAACGGAGGAUGGAGAGAGCAUAGUCAUAGCUGUGAAUGUGGAAACUCCACCUGUGGCAGUGAGUGAACAAGGCAGCCAGAACUAGGAACUUAAGAGGAAUAUUUCUUUUUAGAAUGAUGCUCCGUGGUGCCAAAAGGAGACAUUGAAACACCUAAACUAUUGAACAUGUUCUCACAUGGUGGGGAAAGGGGCCCUGUGACUUCAACUUUCAGCACUGAGGAAAAAAAAACACAGGUGGCCUUAGAACUCCUUAAUUUAAAAAUCGAAACCAAACUGUCCCACAUCUUGUUCCAGAGGCUGUGACCCCUUUCCCCCCACUCCUCCUUGCCGUUCUGAAGUGACUCUUUAUAGAUAAGGAGAGAUACAAAAGUUGGAAGUCUGCAACUUUAAAAAGCUCUAUUGGAUUGAUUACUUUAAGGAUUGAGUAUCUCAGUAUAUCACAGCAUGAUAAGUACUUCAUGUGACUGGAUUUCAAACGAUUGUAUAUUCCUCAAAGGGAACAGAGGCAAGGAGCCAUUUCCUACAUCUUGGCAGCUAGCCUUUCAUAAUGACCUACCCAAUGCAGUUGUUGGUAGAUAUGCAGUAUUUUGUUGUUCACAUGUGGAAUUAGAAAUUUUUGAUGUGUACUUUCAUUUUAUUUUCAAAAUAAUGGGGUCUUUGACAUUUCAAAUCACUCCAUUUCUACUCCAGAAACUUUGGAAUCACACAGUACUUUUCAUGUGAAAUUUUGUUUGGUAAAACUGAAUGUAGGGUUUUUUAACCAAUGGAAUGAUUUAAUUUUGUCCUGUUAAAGUUCAGAUAAAGCUACUUUGUUACAUCUGCAAAUUUUCAUAUUUUAGCAGUUGCCUGAUAAAAUUUAAUCAGAUUUUAUUACCUUGUGUAGUGAUCAAAUGCUUCUUUGGGCUUGCAUGUUACUGAUUAGAAAUACAGUGUAAAUGAGCCGUUAACUGACGUUCAAGAACUGCUAUGAUGAAUUUGACCAGAGCUGCACUUAUCUGUUUCUCUUUCUUGCUACCUUUUGCUGUUUGUUACUUUGUGUUGACUUUGAUUGUCCCUGGCUUAUUUUUCCAGUCUAAAGUAAAACAAGAGUCUCGCUUAAUAUUGUGUAUGUUUAAAAUGGCAGACUGUUCUUCAUUUAGAAAAGAGAAAAUUCUUUAUCACAAGUCCUUUUAAAAAGAGAAAAAAAACUUGUCAGAGGUAUAUCCAAUAUUUUUCAGCAUAAGCGCCCACCAGUAGAAAUUAAUCUGAUGAGUUUAUCUUUAACUUUUGAUGUCCUGCACAGACCUUCUGGGGUCUGCAUUAAGAGUAGCUGUUGAGGUUUUCUAACAGUGGCUACCAUACUAUAAUAAAUGUGGUUUUUUUUAAAGUGUGUGUUCUGCAGUUGAACAUUUUAAAGGAUACUUCUCAGAGUUGUGAUUGUAGAAUCCACCUUACAUUUCAGAACUGAACUAAAAGCUAAGACUGUUUUUUGUCUUUCAUUCACAUGCUGUCUUGUCCCUUCAUAUUAAGGUGAGUUAAAGGUAAAGACUGGCUUGAACCUUUGAUUUGCCCUUUUUUGGCAAUACCAUUAUUUAUAUAUAUUUUUUCAUUUUGAGAAGAAUCUGUAUUUUCAUGAUGGACUGAAAUGGCUUGGAAUGGCUUAUAUUUAGUCAGUUUUUGAAAACUGUUUAUCUGAAGACCAAAUAUGAGAAAUCUGUACCAAGUAUCAUGUUAACCCACACAGUAGAGCUGUCACAGUGUCAAUCUGGAUAAUACAUAUUAAAAGAUUAUGAAAAAAUGCUGUACACUAGCUGGAUUUAUAACAGCCACUAUAAGCUGGGUAAAGCAAAAGAAUUUAUGUAACUGCAGCAUUCUACUUUUUGUGCUGUGGUCACUUAAUUUAGAAAUAAUUAAACUGAAUUAUUGGCAAAACAUUUGGUUAUAAACCUACUAUUUCAUGAGUAUUAGGCAAACUGCUGCAAGUUUUUGAAUAAAAAAAUCUGGUGAAA